AUGCAGGCCAAGAUUCUCGCCGUCCUCUCCUUCGCCGCCGCCGUCUCGGCCCACGGCAAGGUCACCUCGCCCACCCCCCGCGUGGCCGGCCAGGCCUUCGAGGAGGCCUGCGGCAGCACCCUCCUCAACACGGAGAAGUCGGACCCCUUUGGCAACAUCCAGGGCCUCGCCCAGCAGGCCGGCAAGAACCUCGACGCGUCCAAGUGCGACCUCGACCUCUGCAAGGGCUACAAGUUCGCCGACAACGCCGCCAACGUCCAGAGCUUCUCCCCCGGCGAGAAGAUCGACUUCAAGGUCGAGAUCCGCGCGCCCCACACCGGCGUCGCCAACGUCUCCGUCGUCGACACGGCCAAGAACUCCAUCAUCGGCUCGCCCCUCAUCUCCUUCACCAACUACGCCAGCACCAAGACCGGCGUCGCCGCCAACAACACCGCCUUCAGCGUCACCCUCCCCGAGUCCCUGCCCGCCACCUGCGCCACCGCCGGAAACUGCGUCCUCCAGUGGUGGUGGGACUCCCGCGAGGCCGGCCAGACCUACAUGUCCUGCGUCGACUUCACCUCCGCCGGCUCCGGCUCCGGCCCCGGCUCUGACUCUGGUUCUCCCGCUCCCGCGCCCUCUGCUGCCGUGCCCACCACUCUCGUGACCUCCUCCGCCCCCGCCGCCACCAAGCCCGCCACCCCCGCCGCCUCUGAUGAGCCCAGCUCCUGCAACAAGCGUCGCUCCGCAAAGCGGGCCCUCCGCCAGCGCAUCUAA